AUGAAUUUGUGGCUUCUGGCAAUCAGCUUGUUACUCACCUUUUAUUCAGUAAGUUUUAUGUUUUACUACGGUAAAAGUAGAGGUUUUGCUAAUAAAAGUGAAAAAGUAACCAAAAUAUGUUUCUAGGUGUUUAGUGUCACUUUAUCCUUUAUAAAUCAUUUUCUAGUGCCAAAUAUAACUUUUACAAAAUCUUCAAAUGAGCUCACAAGUUUUUUUUACUGUUAUGAAACUUAAAGUAUUGAGAUUUAACACCUAAAACAACAUAAAACGAUCAAAAACUCACUUUAUUUGGACGGAGAACAAGCCGAUCCAGACAGAAACAAAAGAAUGGAAUCAAAACAUUCGCUCAUUAGCAUAGAAUGUUCGGAAAACAAAAUAUUUUGUCAAAAAAAUGAUAAAAAAUGAGAUUGAGGCCAAAAAAUCAAGGAGAAGAUUAUUGUGAAAACUCUGUAACUUAAUUUUAGCUUCUGAUAACAUCCAUUUAAAUAUGUUUUUUAACCUGGACAUUGUCAGAAAUUUUACGAACUUUUUGACCGACUUAAUUAAAACUUUCAGACACAUGGCUUUCACGGACAUCAUCGUAUCAGGAAGACACAUUCUCAUAGUUUGAAAGACAUGGAAGAAGAGCAAGAAGAUGAACUGGAAGAGGAUGAAGAAGAAGAUGACGAAGGGUAUGUGAUCGACGGCAUCGCCACUUCUACUCACUUCAGCAAGGACAGGAUCUUUGAGCAAGGGUAAGGUAACACGAACUUUUUGAGGUUUGGUAAAAAAGGGUAGUUAAUAUAGUUUUUUUAAUUAGUAAUCAACAAAAGAGAUGUCAAAAAUUUUAUUUUUGUAAUGUUUAUUGUUGUUAAUGUUAUGAUUAUAUUAAUUUAGGGAAACUCGAGAUUUUCUCCAAUUUCUCCGUCGAAUCAAAUACGACCACAGUCAGCUGCCUCCAGGGCAAAGUCAAAAUGGUAAGUAAUAUUGAUAAGCAAAAAGUAAAAUAUUUUUAAAUGGUUAAAUUAUUGUACUGUGAACGUAUUUCAUCUUUUAAUUGUCAAAAAUUACCUUAAUUUCACUUUCAGACGCGGUAAAAGUGUUCGUGUCGGUAGUCGUGAGCAACAUCAGGGCGGUGUCAGAAGUAACAAUGGUAAGGAAAACAAUUGGAUUUAAAAUAUUUAAAACAAUCGCCCUCAGGGGAUGGGUUUCUUUUUCGGCAUGCCUUUUCACAUUUAUUAUAUAUUAAAUGCACUUUUAUUUAUUAAAAAAGUGGCAUAUGAUAACAUAUACAGGAAUAUGUCGCAAUUACUGGGUAACUGCACAUACUAACGGUAUAUUUGAUAAAGUUUAGGCGGUUAUAAAUAGAAAAUACGACAUUAAAUAAGCAAAUAUUUAAAAAGUGAUGGUAAUACAUACUAUGCUUUCAGGACUACAAUCUGGAGAUGUUUUACCGUGAGAUCUGGACAGAUCCUCGUUUAAACUACGAUUUGGCCAAGUUCAGAAACAAGUCAGAGAUCGCGCUACACGAAAGUUACGCCAACUUCUUGUGGCAUCCAGACACCUUCAUACCUAAUGCCAUAGCUUCCAAGAAUCCACGGAAACAGUCGAUCUCUCACCGAUCAUUGCUAAGGUUACAAGCUGAUGGUCAGGUUCUCUACAGUAGAAGGAUCUCUGUUCUUGCUGAAUGUUCUAUGGAUUUGAGUUUGGUAUGUUGGUGGUUUAGAUAACUUGAAAAAAACACACAAAAAUUACAUAAAACUUCCAUGCUAAUUUAAAAUUUUAUGGCAUAGCAUAAGUUAAUAUAAAACACUAUGAAGAUUUACUUCAACUUUAAAUUACAUUAUUUUGUGAUUUUCAGUUUCCAUUUGACCAACAAGUAUGCAAAUUGGGUAUAGAAAGCUACGGUUACACGGCAGAUCAGGUAGUAUAUCUAUGGUCUCAUGGUCAGAGGAAGGCUCUCGAACUCCAUCAGAUACGACUACCAGACUUUAAAAUAAAGGAAGCCUUUGUAACUCAAAUGGUCGAGAACUAUGCUACUGGUAGGUUGAUUAUACAUAUAUAUUAAAUAGGGUAUACUUAUGUUUAUGGUAUGACUAUAUUAUAAACCGAUAAAGUGCUUUACUUUAAAAUGUUUGCAGGAAACUACAGUAGACUGUACAUUUGCUUCGUAUUCAACCGGUCGGCCGGCUUCUGCUUCCUCCAGUUGAUCAUACCAUCUACAGCCGUUGUCAUUACUUCUUGGGUGUCUUUGUGGAUGGAAAACGAGAGUUCUUUCCAAGAUAUGAUAUCCAUCAUACUUACAAUCACUUUCCUCUUGUUCUCUUACAAUGAAGUCAUGCCGCGGGUCAGCUAUCUUAAGGUAAGCAGUAUGUUAUUGUAAUAACGGAAAAUUAUGUUUUUGUGUUAUCAUGAUGCAGCUUACGGUAAAACUUAAAGUUUACAUCACUGAAUAUAUUCUCAACCUCAUAAAACCUUCAGGCCCUCGACAUCUGGCUAGCCGUCUGUUUUAUGAUCGUAUUCUUGUCGCUAAUAAAGCUGGCCAUCAUCAAGUAUAUGAGGCAGCGGUUGAGGAUCACACAGUAAGUAUUUGAAAGGAAAACAAGCACAGACAUAAAACAGUAUGUAUAAAAAAUAAUUUAAAGUUAUUAUUACCUAAAUAUUAUCAUACGAAACGUUACAGAGACACAUCAAUUGUGGCUGGAAUGGUACCACUACUACAAAUGAGCCAGAUGAGCAAUAGUUGUCAUAGUCAUGUAAAUACAGCUCUAAACAACAACGACAACACAAACAACAACUGUUUAUUGACAUCACCUCCGGCAUCUCCACUACAUGUCAAUUGUCCGUAAGUAUCACAAUGUUAUAAUGUACAAAAUUACUUCUAACCACAGUAUUGUAGCUCUGUUAAAGCUGAACUAACGUAUUUAAACUUACUUUAGAUAUUCACCCCCACAACCAGUAGCAAUUGCUGUGAAUCGACCGGUCGACAGCGAGAAGCGACAGUUCAAUGGUGAUAUCUACAUGGAUAUCGAUGGAAGCCCUGAAAUCCGUGCUCCACGAUCUCGCCGUGGUAGAACAAGAAAACUGGUUGAUUUCUGUGUCAGUCUUGGCCACAUCAACUUCUCGGCCCAGUCAAUGCGACGCUUCCACUGGAUCACCCAGAUGAUGUUCUUCUUCGGAUUCGUCCUCUUUUGUCUCUUCUUCUUCCUCGUGUAUCCUUCGUUGUCUUCGUGGACCCCCAUCCAGGAUCCUUGUUGUAUUCGGGAGAAUGCAGAAUGGUUUGCAAACCUUUGA